UUUCGGUCUUUCAUUGACAACGCACGAGAGGAGAGCGAGUGAACCUCUUCCCAGUCAGGCUCUCGUGGGUGUUCAGUACAAGAGCUACAUUAUAGAGAAGCUAGCAACCUCAGAGUACACGCAGUAUGGCACUCAUCGUAAGUUUACUGAAGAAGGGAUCCAUAAUGCUGUUGGUUCUACUGUGCAUGUCGCUCUACAGCCAUCUGAACACUAUGAAGCCUAAGACGAUGAUGGUAGAAGAAGCUGCUUUACCUAUGAACUGGUUUCCCACUCAGGAUCUACAAGAACGAUUAGCGCACAGACGACAACGUGUAAAUGAGGUCUGCCACCAGUACGGUUUCAACCAUUUCAUAAACUCUAAGGAAUUUCUGGUCAACAAAAAGCAUGGUCUCGUAUGGUGCAACGUUUUCAAGGCUGCCUUCUUUGGCACCUUGACAUUUGGUACUGACAACACUAUUGCAAAUAUAUCGUCUCGUAAUACUAUACUUUGCCUCACGUCUCCUUCCGUUAGACUGGACGAGCAGUCUCUCCGAGCCGUUUUGCAGUCAUCUCCACCUCCUCUUGCCUUCAUGAUCGCCAGGCACCCUUUCAUUCGCCUGGUGUCUGCUUACAGGGAUAAGAUCGCAAGGUAUGCGCCACCAUAUCAAAACUUGCGUCAUCGUAUAAUGAAAGCACACCCAGAACUUGGGGUGGGGACAUCUGUUAUGCUACUGGGCAUUCUCUUCGGCCAACGCCAAUACCCUACCUUUCCCCAGUUUGUGCAGUACGUCUUAGACCGGUAUCGUAGCAAGCUGCCUUUGAACGAACAUUGGGAAACUAUGUUUAAGUACUGUACGCCGUGUCAAGCCAACUUUACUGUGUUUGCAAAGGUUGAAACGCUAGAUGAAGACAGCAGUUAUAUUAUGCAUGCUUCGGGUAUCCAAGGUCUUCUAAAACCGAAGAUUAUCAACAGAGGCCCUGAGGGUUCCUCGGAAAAAGUAGCAAAGCAUUUCUUAUGCCAGCUAAGUAAGAGACAAAUACGGGGACUGAUUUCUCUUUACAAAUUCGAUUUGGAGAUGUUCGAAUACGACGCAAAAAUGUACUUGGACUGCGCGUCUGAGUAAUAAUGAAUAUUUUAGUGUACGACAGGGCUACUCAGCUAUUAUGAGCAAAGGUCCAGUUAGGCAAGUUCCAAUAUAUGCAAAGGUCCAGUUGGGCAAGUUCCAGUAUAUGCAAAGGUCCAAUUAGGCGUUCCAAUAUAUGCAAAGGUCCAGUUAGGCAGGUUCCAAUAUAUGCAAAGGUCCAGAUAUAUGUUUUACAUUCAGUCAUGAAAAUGAAACCACCAUUCUAAGUAUUCGCCAGGACCUUCGUUUUAUUGAGUAGCCCUGGUGUUGCGUGUGAUAUUCUUUUGUAUAUUAGAUUUGCAUGGGUAACGUGCAAUGCAGAAAAUGAUAUUUUGCAAUAAUAAGUGGUAGAUACACUGAUAUUCUUUUAGAGGAAAAGGGAAUAUUUUCCAGAGAGCAAAAAAGACUGCGGCAAUAUUUGUCGUAUAUUUCUAUAUGUACAGCGAAAAUAAAUAUUUAUGUGACAUAA